AUGGCCAAGAUCAUUGAUACAGCGAGCGGCGCCUAUGCGCUGACGUUCGACGACGUGCUUCUGCAGCCCGGCGCCUCCGAGAUCAUGCCGGCGCAGACCGACAUCACCACGCGCAUCGCCCGGGACAUUGAACUGUCCCUGCCGAUCCUGUCUGCGGCGAUGGACACGGUGACCGAAUCGCGCCUUGCCAUCGCCAUGGCCCAGGCCGGCGGCAUCGGCAUCAUCCACCGCAACCUCAACCCCGAGGAGCAGGCCGAGGAGGUCCGCCAGGUCAAGAAAUUCGAAAGCGGCAUGGUGGUCAAUCCCGUCGUGAUCGGUCCCGACGCGACGCUCGCCGACGCCAAGGCGCUGAUGCGCGCGCACCGCAUUUCCGGCAUUCCGGUCGUCGAAGACGCCGGCAUCGGCAGCCAGAGGCCGGGCCGUCUGGUCGGCAUCCUGACCAACCGCGAUGUCCGCUUUGCCGAUGACCCGGGCCAGAAGGUCUAUGAGCUGAUGACGCGCGAAAACCUGGUGACGGUGCGCGAAAAUGUCGGCCAGGACGAAGCCAAGCGGCUGUUGCACACCCACCGGAUCGAAAAGCUGCUCGUAAUCGACGAAAAAGGGUUCUGCGUCGGCCUCAUCACCGUCAAGGACAUGGAGAAGGCGCAGCUCAACCCUCAUGCUGCCAAGGAUGCGCAGGGACGCCUGCGCGUCGGCGCGGCUGUCAGCGUCGGCGCCGAUGCGCUCGACAGGGCCGACCGGCUGACCGAGGCGGGCGUCGACGUGAUCGUGGUCGACACCGCCCAUGGCCAUUCGCGCCGCGUGCUCGAUGCGGUCGGCGAGGUCAAGAAGCGCUCGAACGCGGUGCGGAUCAUCGCCGGCAAUGUGGCGACCGCCGACGGUGCCAGGGCGCUGAUCGAUGCGGGCGCCGACGCGGUCAAGGUCGGCAUCGGGCCCGGAUCGAUCUGCACGACGCGCAUGGUGGCCGGCGUCGGAAUGCCGCAGCUGGCCGCCGUGAUGGCCGCGUCCGAAGAAGCGCAAAAACAGGACAUUCCCGUGAUCGCCGAUGGCGGCAUCAAGCUGUCGGGCGAUUUGGCAAAGGCACUGGCCGCCGGCGCUUCGGCGGCGAUGGUCGGCUCGGUUCUGGCCGGCACGGACGAAAGCCCGGGCGAGGUCUAUCUGCACCAGGGCCGCUCCUACAAGGCCUAUCGCGGCAUGGGCUCGGUCGGCGCGAUGGCGCGCGGCUCGGCCGACCGCUAUUUCCAGGCCGAAGUGCGCGACACGCUCAAGCUGGUGCCCGAGGGCAUCGAGGGUCAGGUGCCCUACAAGGGCCCCGUCUCGGGCGUGCUGCACCAGCUCGCCGGCGGUUUGCGCGCGGCGAUGGGCUAUACCGGAUCGGCGACGCUCAAGGAUCUGCAUGAGCGAGCUGCAUUCGUGCGCAUCACCAAUUCGGGCCUGCGCGAAAGCCAUACCCACGGCGUCUCCAUCACCCGCGAAAGCCCGAACUAUCCGGGCGGCAACUGA